AUGCCUGUGCUUCUCACCGAUAACACUGCGUGUGAACUAGGGCUUUCGAAUCGUACACAAGGAAUUUUUCGAGAGCUCGUACACGAUGAUCAGGAGGAGCCAGAGAGCUUUAAGAUAAAGAGCGAUGUAUUUCCCUUCAAUACAAUAUACAUACGAAAACCAUUAUAUGCGCUCGUGGAAAUUAAUACAUUACAAGUAGAAACGAAUCUUGAUGGUCUUCGGCCAAAACUAAUUCCUAUUCCAUUAAUCAAAAAGCGAUUCACUGUUCCUAUAAAGCAACUCUUCGGGCAUCUACUCGAUCGAGUGCAAAGUGGGAGAAAACUUCCACAAGUCAUUCAAGUUACAAGAACGCAACUACCAAUUGUACCUGCCUUCGCUAUAAUUGCAUACAAGGCGCAAGGACUCACAAUGAAUAAAAUCGUAGUCGAUCUUCAAGUUCCACCAGGGACACUGCAAAAAAUCCAGGAAAUCCAUGUUUCGGAUCCGAGACCGUCGGAAUCCAAUGCGAUUCCGUCACCAGGAUUUCAUCGGAUCCGUCGAAUUCCUGUAGGAUCUGAUAAAAUUCUGUAUAGGAUCCGAUGGGAUUGUUCGACCUGGGUUUCGGAUCCGAGACCGUCGGAAUCCAAUGCGAUUCCGUCACCAGGAUUUCAUCGGAUCCGUCGAAUUCCUGUAGGAUCUGAUAAAAUUCUGUAUAGGAUCCGAUGGGAUUGUUCGACCUGGGUACGUGAAACAGAAUUUCAUGCACUUAAUAUUCAAGAAUUAAGUGAAACAAUUGACUCUAUGAAUCCUCUCAAAUGGAGUAAUUUCGUCAAAUUAUGCCGCCAUCGAUUUAUUGAAUAUCCACAUGUAUUUCGACGUGAUGCAUUUCAUGGUGCUAUUUGUAAUAACGCAGAAAAAGUUCGUCAAUUAGAAAAUGAACAACCACAGGCAAAAACCAUUGCAAAUAGGACACCAACUCAAUUGUGUAUUAAAAGUACUAACAUGGCGUCUAAAUUUGAAUACUCAAUCUUGGGAAUAUAUAUGAUUGGUGUAUCAACAACAUGA